AUGGGCCUCAUCGGUGAAGCCAUAGCACGUGUGUGCUUUAUUGCUUUGGGUUUUGUUCGCUUGCAUGAGCCCUUGUUGACCGUGGCAGCAUUCCGGGACCGCAUACGGGGUGUUGAUGAGAGUCCGUUGCAGACGAAGCAGCCGUCUGGGGACGGAAUGGCCGGAACCGCUGUGCUCAACUUCAACCACUUCAUGAAGCUGGAAGGCCGACCCACUCCCGAAAUGUUGUGCGCGGCUUUCACACGUCGGGCCGCCCUCUACCCGGCGCUGCUCAAUCAAGAAGCGUACGACAUCGUUAUUCCAGCUUGUGAGAAGCCCGCUGGCGACUUGUGUGGUACGGUUCAGCCGGACAAGAUGGUCGCCAUUUUCGUGCAGGUCAAGAACCAGAGACGCCCCCUUCCAGAGGACGUAUUGAUCAGUCGCAUGGUUCACGAGGCAGGCGCGGCACACUUGAGGGCACGUGACUGCCAUUACUGGGUUCUGCAACGUGAAAGACGGGUCAGACCGAGCAAGACUCCGCGCCGCGAAGUCGAGUGCGCGUCUUUCAUCUUUGACGAGUUGUUCAGCUUCUUCCCCAAUGGAUGCCGCGACACUCUGAACGCCCUUCUUCAAGGCCACCACAAGCUAUUGGAUUGCGUGCCGCACGGAACAAAGCCUGCUUCGCAAUUGCGUUCAGAGCAGUUCUUUUACGCACACAUAAGCGCCUUGCCGAAAUAUGCCGCCGCCUCCCACACUCCCCCACGCAGCGACAACUCACACGACAUCUCCCACCCCGCCGACUGA